UAUUAAAGCUAGAAAAAAAAAAGAAAGAAAAAAAUCAUGGCUUUCUCUUCUUUUUCUGCCUAUUUAGAUCAUCCAAAUUUUCACCAGUUGCAGCAAUCUGGUCUUCAUCAAGGCGGAGCCGGAGACGGCGGCGGCGGCUUAUUAGAAAAUCCGGAGCUUCCGAAUGGACUGACGACUCAACCGCCAUCUUUGGUGGGAGGCGGUCUGGGAUCGAUCCGGCCUGGCUCGAUGGUAGAUCGAGCCAGGCAGGCAAAGGUCCCGGUUCCGGAGGCCGGUUUGAAGUGUCCAAGGUGCGAGUCUACGCACACCAAGUUUUGCUACUUCAACAACUACAGCCUCACGCAACCGCGACAUUUCUGCAAGACCUGUCGCCGGUACUGGACCAGGGGUGGGGCUUUGAGAAACGUCCCGGUCGGCGGAGGCUGCAGGAGGAACAAGAGAAGCAAGGGCGCGAAUAACAACGGCUCGAAGCCCAGCUCGUCAGCCGGUGCCGGCGCUCCGAGCUUGGAGAAGGCGAAACCGGCGGCUGCAGAUGGCGGCAACAGCGGUGGAGGCUCAACAUCGCCAUGCGUAAGCCCUACAGACAUAGGUGGCGGCGGACAUUACCCACAACUGACACCGCCGCCACACGUCACUGCCGCCCACACUUUUCAAAACGCGAACCACUUCGAAGGAAGCAACAACGGGUUUCACCUGUCUCCGCUUGUGGUCACAAGCGGAGGCGGUGGUGGAGGAAUGGGGGAACUGGGUUUCCAGUUCCCCUAUUUAGGAGGAUACCAUGAGCUCCUUGGUUGUUCUUCCCACUCAAACAUAUACCCUAAUUUCCACAUGAUGAGUGAAGCAUCAGCUCCAAAGAUGGAGGAAAUGAGGCAAGGUUUGAAUUCAACAAAGCAUUUCUUGGGGACAUUAGAGAACAACAACAACAAUCACUAUUGGGGAUGGACCAGCUGUGGGGUCGGGUUUUCGGGCAUCAACGCGUCUUCUCCCACUACGCAUGACCUUCUAUGAUACGAUCAAAAUCGGUCACGCUCAUAUAUAGUUCGGAUCUUCUGUUACACUUUUCAUAUCUAAUGCGACUGUCACAUUUUUUUUCAGGAGAAUAUCACAACAUGAGACAUGAAAAGUGGGAAAGAAGAUCAUUAAUGUUGUUUGACAUAAGUCUUCAUUAUGUUUUGUGUUAAGCCAUGGGAUUGAGAGUGCAUAUGUGUAGUGUAUCCUUCUAAACUCUAUCACUAUAUCUUAAUUUUAUUUGGUUUACUAUAUAACGGAGUAAUUAUAUAUUUUCCUUUGUGAUAAUUAAUUAAUUAACAACGU